GCCACACACAGUGUUAGUGCUCUGUAGCACAGUUCAGAGGUCAAAGGUCACCAUCUGCUGUAACUAUAAAAAACUACACACUUACUCUCCAGUCAGGUCAACUUUAGAUUCACCCUCUGUGUCACUUCAGAAAGGUCAAAGGUCAUUAGCUGAGAAAAAAGGCUGAGUGACUGAGCUCCACAUAUCACCCUGUUUUACACAACUGCAUGCCUGCUAACAUUAGCAUUAGCUCUUAGCAUGUUGCUAAUUUUGUUUAGCACAGCAGUAAGAGAACACACUUGGGGUUUUGUCGGUGGUAUUUCUCCAUGUUGUUAGCUAGCAAGUAAUCGUGACUCUGCUAGCUUUAGCUAGGAGUUAAAACUAGCGAGCUAGCUCAGGUUAACGUCAACCACUAACUCAUUCAGUGAUUAACCCUUUAAUAUCGUCUCCAUGUGCAUCCAGCAAACUGUAACGAUCUGAAAGUGCACUAUUGCUUAACCGAUUACACGACUAAUGAUGAUGUCAUCAACAAUGUGAUGGACAGGGGUCUGACGGUGAACGGCAGCUCAGUAGGGUGGAAUGAGACGCAGCACUGCCGCUUGCUCCAUGCGCUGGUUCCGGAUCAGCAGCAGUUGUGCAGGAGGAACCUGGAGCUGAUGCGCAGUGUGGUGCGAGCGGCUGAACUCAGCAAGACGGCCUGCAGACUCGCCUUCGGGGACAUGCGCUGGAACUGUUCCUCUGUGGAGCGCGCACCUCACUUCAGCCCCGACCUCGCCAGGGGUACACGUGAGUCUGCGUUCGUCUUCUCUCUCUCCGCAGCUGUUCUCAGUCACACCAUCUCUCGCGCCUGUUCGUCCGGCGAGUUGCCGAGUUGUUCGUGUGCGGCGGCUCCGGCUGAACAGGCGUCUCCGGAUUUCCGCUGGGGCGGAUGUGGGGAUAACGUGCGCUUCGGCCUGCAGAUGGGCGCCGCCUUCUCCGACGCUGCCUUAAACAGCAGACGCUCCGCCUCCCCCGCCGUCCGGCUAAUGCACCUGCACAACAACGCCGUCGGCCGACAGGCUCUGAUGGACUCGCUGGAGACGAAGUGUAAGUGUCACGGCGUCUCGGGCUCGUGUUCGGUGAAGACGUGCUGGAAGUCGCUCCUGGACGUGGGUCACGUCUCGGCUCAGCUCAAAGCUCGUUACCUGUCGGCCACCAAGGUGACGUCACGCCAGGUGGGCUCGCGCCGUCUUCUGGUUCCCCGGGACAUGGAGGUGAGACCGGUCCUGGAGAGUGAGCUCGUUUACCUGGUCAGCUCACCUGAUUACUGCACCUCCGACGCCAAGCAUGGCUCAUACGGGACCACGGACAGGCAGUGUAAUAAAACAGCGAGUGGGAGUGGCAGUUGUAAUCUGAUGUGUUGUGGGCGGGGCUACAACACCUACACUGAGCAGGUGGAGGAGCGAUGCCACUGCAGGUAUCACUGGUGCUGCUACGUCACCUGUAAGAAGUGCACACACACCGUCGAGAGACACGUCUGCAAGUGACACACACACACACACUCGAGAGCCGAGAAAGAGACAGACUCCGACUACAAGCACUACCUCUCCCUCACUCAGUGUGAACACGACCAAGGAAGCUGAUGUGUGUGUGUGUGUGUGUGUGUGUGUGUGCACACAAAGCCCUGAGAAGAGAAAGAAGAGACAAGACCCGAGUCUCAGUCGGACCUUCGACAUGCCUUUGUCGACUUUCCCUAAUCACUCAGGAGUGCACGUGGAGAGGAGUGUGUAUCAGAGCGGACUUUUCAGCACACACACACUCUGAACACAGAGGACUGAAUACCAGAGUGUUGAAAUGUGAAGUGUUUUGUUCGCUCCUGUUUCCGCCGCCAUUUUGUAAAGGAGACGAUCAGAUUGCAGCAGUGCAUUCUGGGUAAUCUGAGCUCCUGACCUCACACGUGUGUUUAUUGUGUUUGUAUCUCACUGAGAUAAAAUAAACUUCUGUGUCUGUAUUUAUUUGAUAUAAAAUA